AUGCAGCAUCAGACCAAAGCAGCUGCUCGUCGAGGUUUGUUGCCAUUAGAAAGUCGUCUGCUUACCAAAGUCAUGGCGUUAUUCAAACAGAGUUGCUGUGUUGCUGGUCGAUUCUCCACACACCAUUCAUGGCUGACUUAUAGAUGUGUGCCACACGUUUUCUCCAACUGUCUUUCAUCUGUGGCCACAUCCUCCUCAGCCCCGACUGAGAGAAAGAUGGGGCAGCUGAGUGACGAUGGGCCCGAUCUGCAAGACUUCAUUUCUGGAGAACUGUCGGAUAAAAGCAAGUGGACAGAAUACAAAGGCAACCUGAGGAGACAGAAAGGAGAGAGGCUACGGCUUCCUCCGUGGCUCAAGACAGAGAUCCCCAUUGGAAAGAAUUACAACAAGCUGAAAAACACACUGAGAGACCUGAACCUUCAUACUGUGUGUGAGGAGGCCAGGUGUCCAAACAUUGGAGAGUGCUGGGGAGGAGGGGAGCAUGCCACAGCCACCGCCACCAUCAUGUUGAUGGGAGACACUUGCACCCGUGGGUGUAGGUUCUGCUCAGUGAAGACGGCCCGUCGUCCACCACCUCUUGAUCCAGACGAGCCCUACCACACAGCCCAGGCCAUCGCUGCGUGGGGUCUGGACUAUGUGGUUCUCACCUCAGUGGACCGUGAUGACAUUGCUGAUGGUGGCGCUGAGCACUUUGCAAAAACAGUUUCUAACAUAAAAGAACGGAAUCCUAAGCUCCUGGUGGAAUGUCUGACCCCUGAUUUCCGUGGUGACCUGGCAGCAGUGGAGAGAGUGGCCCUGUCAGGGUUAGAUGUUUAUGCCCACAACGUGGAGACUGUGAGAGAACUGCAGAGGUUUGUGCGAGACCCAAAAGCCAACUUUGACCAGUCUCUGAGUGUCCUGAAACACGCUAAAAAGGUCAACCCGGCUCUGCUCACCAAGACGUCCAUCAUGCUCGGACUGGGGGAGAGUGACCAACAGAUACACAACACUUUAACUGAGCUGAGAGAGGCAGAAGUGGACUGUCUGACUCUGGGCCAGUACAUGCAGCCCACUAAACGCCACCUGAAGGUGGAUGAAUACAUCACUCCGGAGAAGUUUAGCUACUGGGAAAAGGUCGGAAAUGAUAUGGGCUUUGCUUACACUGCCAGUGGGCCACUGGUGAGAUCCUCCUACAAAGCAGGUGAGUUCUUCCUGAAGAAUCUCCUGAAGAAGAGAAGAACAGCGGUCACCAAGGAAGAAUAAUAGAACAGCUGAACCACGGCCCGGGCUACAAUCUCAGCUCUGCUGUAAAAACCACAGGAAUAACUCUGUUAUCUCAAUCCUGGUAAUCAGUGGUUCAAUCACUGCAGCGUCUACUUCACUGACCCACCUGUGACAACGCAGAGAUGAAAGAGAAGAAUGGCCGUUAGUGGCCUGCAGUCAUGUGACCCGUCAUUCCCAGAGACUGCUGGGACCAACACAGAUGUUCUGUUAGAGUGGUUGGUGCCGGAGGGGGAAAGGGGUGGGGACAAGAGUCAAAAUGUUUUGACUCUUGUCGUUUCAACAUUUUUAUUUAACAUUAAUUUCAUCAUGUGCAAUUUUACUGAGAGCUUUCAAAAAGUGAGACACAGUUGGAAGGAUUAUGUGGCAAUAAUGCAUAUUACAAUUAAAGAAAUAAAGGAAGAUUUUUAUUUUCAGA